UGAUGUUACUUGGAGGAGAAAAAAAUGACCUGUCUGGAUGAGAAGUGUGUGCAGGGGCUUGUGGAUUUGAUCUGGCAGGAUUACACAUUCAGGCUCCUGUCCGUGCAGAGGCAGCAGCACCACCUGACAAGCUGGAGGGGGCGUGUCAUGCCGUGCAUGCGCUCCUUGCUGUGUCACCUUCACCGACACCUGUCCUACUUUACACCUUUCCAUGGUGACGACACUUGAAUGACAGAUCGGUGCAGCCUCAGCCAUGAGUCAGUUCAGGGCAUUAGCGGGUUUCCUGAGGAGUGGGCGGGCCGGGGGGAGUCAGUGGCUGCGAGGAGCAGGAGGAGGUGGCCCGGCCAGGAGGAAUUGGAUUGACCCAAGGAGAGGCUGCUCCUCAGGGGCUGUGCCUGAUCCCUCAGCGGUGGCGAACAGCUCCAACUAUGUGGAGGAGAUGUACUAUGCCUGGCUGGAAGAUCAUAAAAACGUGCACGAGUCUUGGGACGCGUUCUUCCGGAACAUCCAGGCCUCCAGUCCGUCUGGCGAGGCGUGUGAGAGACGGCCCUCCGCUCUGCUCCAGGGCCGAGUGCUGUCCCACUCACCAGACAUGGCACAGAAAGUGGUGGAGGACCACCUGGCUGUGCACACUCUCAUUAGAGCCUACCAGAUUCGGGGUCACCAUGUUGCCAAGUUAGACCCUUUGGGAAUCCUGGACGCUGACCUGGACUCAUUCGCUCCCUCUGACUUGAUCACAACCAUCAGCAAUUUAGGUUUCUAUGGGCUUGGUGAGUCAGACUUGGACCGGAGCUUUCAGCUGCCCCCCACCACCUUCAUCGGAGGAGGAGACACCACUCUUCCUCUCAGAGAAAUCAUACACAGACUAGAGACGUCCUACUGUGGACACAUCGGGGUUGAGUUUAUGUUCAUCAACAACGUGGACCAGUGUCAGUGGAUUCGUCAGAAAAUCGAGACUCCGGGAAUCCUGCAGUUCACAAACGCUGAGAAGAGGACUUUGCUGGCUCGCCUGAUCAGAUCCACAAGGUUUGAGGACUUCCUGGCCAGAAAGUGGUCCUCAGAGAAACGUUUUGGUCUAGAGGGCUGUGAGGUGCUCAUUCCUGCCCUGAAAACCAUCAUAGACAAGUCUAGCGCUGCAGGCAUUGACAGCGUGAUCAUGGGGAUGCCUCAUCGGGGUCGACUGAAUGUCUUGGCCAAUGUGAUUCGUAAGGAGCUGGAUCAGAUCUUCUGUCAAUUUGACCCUAAAUUAGAGGCUGCUGAUGAGGGCUCAGGUGAUGUCAAAUACCACCUUGGGAUGUAUCACGAGAGGAUCAACCGUGAGACGGACAAAAACAUCACACUGUCCCUCAUGGCAAACCCCUCCCACCUUGAAGCGGUGGACCCAGUGGUUAUGGGCAAGGCCAAAGCAGAGCAGUUCUACAGAGGAGACACUCAGGGAAAGAAGGUGAUGUCAAUCUUGAUGCACGGUGACGCUGCGUUUGCUGGACAAGGAGUUGUGUAUGAGACUUUCCACCUGAGUGAGCUCCCCUCCUACACCACACAUGGUACAAUCCAUGUGGUGGUCAACAACCAGAUUGGCUUCACUACAGACCCUCGAGUGGCCCGCUCCUCUCCCUACCCGACUGAUGUGGCUCGGGUCGUCAACGCACCCAUCUUCCACGUGAACGCCGAUGACCCUGAGGCUGUCAUGUACGUGUGCCAGUUGGCUGCAGAGUGGAGGUCCACAUUCAACAAGGAUGUGGUCAUUGACCUGGUUUCUUACAGACGAUUUGGCCACAACGAGAUGGACGAGCCCAUGUUCACCCAGCCGCUGAUGUACAAACAGAUCCGCCGACAGGAGCAUGUGCUGAAGAAGUACUCUGAUAAGCUGAUUGCUGAGGGGGUGGUGACGCUGCAGGAAUUUGAGGAAGAGGUUGCCAAAUAUGACAAGAUAUGUGAGGAGGCAUACACCAGUUCCAAGGAUGAAAAGAUUUUGCACAAUCGACACUGGCUCGAUUCCCCCUGGCCAGAUUUUUUCACAGCAGAGGGAGAGCCCAAGAGCAUGGGCUGUGUCCCCACAGGACUGGACGAGGAGGUUCUGCAUCACAUUGGACAGACAGCCAGCUCUGUGCCUCUGGAAGAUUUUAAGAUCCACCCUGGCGUGUCUCGUAUCCUGCGUGGGCGAGCUGACCUGGUGAAGAAUCGGCAGAUGGACUGGGCUCUGGGAGAGUACAUGGCCUUUGGUUCCCUUCUCAAAGACGGCAUCCAUGUACGACUCAGCGGACAAGACGUAGAAAGAGGAACUUUUAGCCAUCGUCAUCAUGUCCUGCAUGACCAAGAGGUAGACAAACGUAUCUGUGUCCCUAUGAACCACCUUUGGCCCAACCAGGCUCCUUACACCGUCUGCAACAGCUCCUUAUCAGAGUAUGGAGUGCUUGGUUUUGAGCUUGGCUUCGCCAUGGCCAGCCCCAAUGCUCUGAUCCUCUGGGAAGCUCAGUUUGGAGACUUUAACAACACAGCUCAGUGUAUCAUUGACCAGUUCAUCAGCCCGGGCCAGGCUAAGUGGGUCCGCAAUAAUGGUAUCGUCCUACUGCUGCCACAUGGGAUGGAGGGAAUGGGCCCAGAACAUUCAUCAGCUCGACCUGAACGCUUCCUGCAAAUGAGUAAAGAUGACCCUGAUCACUUCCCUGAGUUCAGUGGAGACUUUGAAGUCCAGCAGCUUUACGACUGUAACUGGAUUGUGGUUAACUGCUCCACGCCUGCUAACUACUGUCACGUGCUCAGACGUCAGAUUCUGCUGCCAUUCAGGAAACCGCUGAUCGUUUUCACUCCAAAGUCCCUGCUGAGGCUCCCUGAUGCAAGGUCCAGUUUUGAUGACCUCGCCAAAGGCACUACAUUUAAGAGGCUGAUUCCAGACGAGGGUCCAGCAAGCCAAAGCCCAGCCAAAGUGAAGAGGAUGAUCUUCUGCACUGGGAAGGUCUACUAUGAACUGGCUAAAGAGAGGAAACAACAAAAACUAGAGAGCGACAUUGCCAUCAUAAGACUAGAACAGAUCUCUCCAUUCCCUUUUGACCUGGUCAGAGCCGAAACAGAGAAAUAUCCCAACGCUGAGCUGGUCUGGUGUCAGGAGGAGCACAAGAACAUGGGCUACUACGACUACGUACGACCACGCUUCCUCACAGUAGUGGCCAACAAGAAACCAAUUUGGUAUGUUGGGCGGGACCCCGCAGCUGCUCCUGCAACAGGGAACAAGUCCACCCACCUCAAUGAGCUGAAGAGGUUCAUGGACACAGCUUUUAACCUGAGCGCCUUCAAGGGGAAGGACUUGUAAAUGGGAACCAAGAAGACCAAGAACCAGGCUAGAGGUGCAAUUUCAUCUUCAACCACAGUGGUGUUUUAAGUCUGGGGUUGGGAAAUUGGCACAUUUUCACUUUUUUUUGUGUGAAGUGUUAACCCUUUGUAUUCUUAUAAACAAGAUGAGUCAGA